GGAACUUGAUUAAAGUAAAAGUGUGCUGAUUCUGAAGUUUGUUUACUUGUUUCGAGAAAGAUGACACGGAAAAGGUUAAUAAAGUUGUGUAGAUUAGAUGAGCUUAGACUUUAAGUUGAUGUUAAUUCAUGCCCUGAAUUUGUAGGGAAUUCGCUGAACUAUAAUUCGAUGAAAUUAUGUUCUUGCUUAUUGCUGGGCAACGUGCCAAUUAAGACUUCAACUCAUUUAUAGUAAAUUGUCUUCAAAAAGAUAAAGUUAUUAAUUUUAAAAAAUGUUAUUUCAUAUGUUUCGAGCUAGAACUUUAUCAUUAUGUAGGUCAACUUUACAUAAUGAACUAUAUUCAAGCGUGAAAGGUUUUCGCAGAAUACAAAUUUUACACAAUAACAGUAAUUUUUUACCGAAUAAAAAAUUUAAUUUCAACCGAAUUACUUGUCGAUUUUCUUCCACUGUUAAGAAGCCUUCAACUUCAGAACUAAAGAGAUUAAUUGCUAUUGCGAAAUCUCAAAAAUGGAGACUAACAGGUGCAGUUAUGUUUUUAUUUAUAUCCAGUUCAGUAACUAUAUCUGUACCGUUUCUUGUUGGUAAAUUUAUCGAUGCAAUGGGAAUGUCAAAUUCUGAGCUGAAAGAGAAUUUAAAUUCCUUCUGCUUUUUGCUGAUUGGUGCCUUUAUAAUUGGAGCAUUGGCUAAUUCUUGCAGAGUAUAUUUGAUGAAUAUAUCAUCUCAUCAUGUUAUAAAUUCUCUUAGAAAGAGAGCAUAUGCAUCAAUAUUGUGUCAAGAGACAAGUUUUUUUGAUAAAUCAAAUACCGGCGAACUCAUCAAUAGACUCUCAUCUGACGCAACUACAGUGGGAAUGUCCAUAACUAACAAUAUUUCUGAUGGUUUACGAAAUGCAUUUAUGUUCAUUGGAGCUUCUUGUUUAAUGGUAUAUACCUCUCCAUCGUUGGCUUCUCUUGGACUUUCAGUUGUAGCACCUGUAGCACUCAUAGCCGUCACUUACUCAAAAACUUUAAAAAAGAAUUCUAAAGGUGUGCAAGAUGCUCUUGCUGAAGCUACUCAGGUGUCUGAAGAAAGAAUAUCCAAUAUUCGAACUGUACAAACAUUUGCUAGAUUUGAAGAAGAAAUCAAAGUGUACAGUAGAAAAAUUGAUAAUGUCAUGUGUUUUGCUUCAAAAGAAUCUUUGGGACGAGCAAAAUUUUUUGGUAUGACUGGUCUGAGUGGCAAUUUGAUUAUUUUGAUCGUUCUGUAUAAAGGUGGUAUGCUACUAAGCGACAAUGCAAUUACAGUGGGCAGUCUGUCUGCAUUUCUCUUGUACUCUGCUUAUGUUGGAGUGUCAAUCGGAGGUCUAAGUAAUUUUUAUUCUGAAUUAAUGCGAGGACUUGGAGCAUCAACAAGAAUUUGGGAACUGAUUGACAAAAAACCUUUGAUAUCAAUAAAUGAUGGCGUAACAAUACCGAAUUUGAAAGGAAAUGUGGCGUUUGAUAGCGUCAAUUUCUCGUACCCUGGCAGGCCUGAUGUUCCCAUCCUGUCUGACUUUAGCCUCAGUAUUCCUUCAGGUUCAGUUUAUGCUCUUGUGGGGUCCAGUGGAUGUGGGAAAUCAACUGUAGGCUCCUUACUUUUAAGGCUGUACGAUUGUCAAAGAGGCUCCAUAAUGGUGGAUGGGCAAAGUAUUAAAACGCUGAAUGUGAGCUGGUUAAGAAGGAAUAUUGGUGUUGUGAGUCAAGAUCCUAUUUUAUUCUCUCACUCUAUUCGAGAGAAUGUGCUGUACGGCUCUCCUGGAGGUGAUGAUGUCACAGAGGAUAUGUUACUGGAUGUGUUGCAAAAAGCAAAUGCUUUGGAAUUUGUGAAACAGUUUCCACAAGGACUGGACACACUUGUUGGGGAACGUGGAGUUAUGUUAUCAGGUGGGCAGAAGCAAAGGAUAGCAAUUGCAAGAGCUAUUUUAAAAAAUCCAAGAAUAUUAAUUUUGGAUGAAGCAACCAGUGCUUUGGAUGCCGAAAGUGAAUACUUGGUACACAGUGCCCUGGAAGAGUUGAUGCAAGGACGCACAGUUUUAACCAUAGCACACAGACUAUCAACAGUCCAAAGAGCUGAUAUCAUCGUAUUACUUGAAAAUGGAAAAAUUGUAGAAAGGGGAAAAUUUGAUGAGCUCCUUCUUAAAAAAGGCCCCUUUUAUCGUCUUGUUCAAUUUCAAGGUUUGAAACCAUAACACAAUAUUGUGUCAUAUUUACUAAUGUAGUGUGGCAAAUUAUUUAAUGUAGCAUGACAAUUUGUGUCACUUUUUGUCUGUAGAAUGUCAACGGAAAAGUGACAGCACAUCAACACAAUGGAUAACUUCCAAUGUUGUGACAUAUUUACCAUUGUGGCAUGACAAAUUUAAUUAUGUUUAAAGUCACUUUUAGCAAAAUAUUAUUUUUCAUAAUAAUUUUAUAUAAAAUGCAGUUUAUAUGAGUGAAUUAUUAUAUGCAGUGCUUAUUUUGUGAGCAUAAAUUUUUAAAAAUUAAUUUUGAUCAUGCAUUUAAUACGAUGUUAAAAAAAAUGAAAUUUAAGUUUGUUUUAAAGAACAUAUAACUUUUAAAAUUUCAGUCUUCAAAAACAUUUUACAAUGCUUUUGAAUCCGGCAUAAGAUUCUCACGACAUUUGUGUAGAAUUUCCGACUGUCUAAGUAAAUCAAAUCAAAAUAUUUGAUCAUAUUUUUUAAGGAGGUGUUUGAUUACAACAUAGUCUAAAAAAAUGCGAAUAUUCAAAAUUUAUCAUUUUUAGCUUUUUUUUUUAUUUAGAUGUAAAAGUGAUUUGCAAAUUGUUAAUCACAAUAUUUGCAUACAGAUAUUGAAAGUUUCAGUCUAAUUUUCCAGAGAGAAAAUAAUGUUAGAAAAUGCUUUGUUAAAUUUCUCAUAUUAAAAUUUCUAUUAUCUUUGUUAAAUUUCUAAUAUUUUUCUCAAUAUUUCUACAUUAUUUUGUUGCUUUACAUUAUUAUUAUUUUGUUCUCAUUAAUCAUUAUUUAUAUAUUAAGGUUUACAAUUAAUUAGUCUAUUAAUAUACACGCAUAAUAACAAGAAACUUUGAAUAAGCAUAUAAGUGAUUUCAGUUUUUUCAUUUUGUACAAAAU